AUGGCGCAACCGAAAGAGAACCGCGUCGCAAAGAGACCAAGCCCACAGAGCGGAGAGACGGGAAGACGACGAGCGCCGUAUGCACUGCGCGCUUGCGAGGCAUGUCGCCGACGAAAGGGGAAAUGCGACGGACGGCAACCAUGCAGGUACUGCGCAGGACGUAAGCAGACCUGCGUCUUCGACAGCAUCUACGGCUCCGAUGACGGCAUGUGGUCCGUCCCGACUGCGACGGCUACCGAUGAUUCUCCUACCGAGUCCGAUCAAUCAAGGCGAGAGACCUCGUCAACGUCCAAUAACCAGGACAACAUCAUGAAACUCUUAUCAAGUCUUCAAGACCAAUUGAACACUCUCGCAUCCCGCGUGCAGACUCCUAGCGAGGUGGCGAACGCCAUACAACCAUCCCCGGCAUUCACAAUGGGCAACCAAACACCCGAAGAUUUCCUUUCAGCCCUCAUAACUGACGCUGGAGUCCUCGAAAACUGCCUUGAGUCAAUCGGGCCGUCAACGUGCUCCCCGCCUCGGCAGCUGUACGGCCUGCCGAGCCCGGAGGAGACCAUGAAGGUUGCCCGAAAACGCGUUCGCCGAGAGAGCCUAUACCACACGCCGCCCGUACCAAUGCAAGAAGAACCGAUCAGCCUCGACUUCAUUCCUACUGUGUCGGUCCAUGACGAUGCCAUGUCUUUGACGCAGAGCACGAGUUCUUUCAACCCACUUGUGACCGGCGCAAGCGAUUCCCAAAAGUUGUUGCGCUUCAAGUCUUUGAUGAACAUCGACGAAGUGGUCGAAAUGCUUGGCGUAUACCAAGACGCUAUCGGCGCUCUUCACCCGAUUAUCGACAUCGACCAGACUAUCGCCCAUGCUCGGUUCUUCUAUGCAGAUGCGGAUUCGACAAGUUGGGAGAUAGUGACGGAAAAGUCGGACAUGGCUUCCGAGGAAGAUUUGAUAAUCUUGAAUCUUGCCUUGGCUAUUGCACUCCACACCGAAGCGACGCCAGAAAGCUCCAAUAUCGAAGCGCUCAUCGUAGAUUGUAUGAAAGAGGCUGUGAACAGCAGAAUCACCGAAUCUAACACAAGUAUGAAGCAAGUCAUCAUCAUACUUCUCAAGGGCUGCUACGAAUACUUCAAUGAUAUGCCCCAGGUUGCAUGGCGUAUGUGUGGCAUAGCCGGGCGCAUGCUCAUGGAGCUCGGAGUACACAACGAGGAAGCGUGGUCCCGUCUGGCAAGCUCACCGAGUCUACGCUCAGAACUCUGCACCCUGGUCUCCAGCAUUGUCAUCCUAGACCGACAAUGGAGUGCAGCAGCCAACCUGCCCUCUAACUUUCAUGACUCCAGUUUCAGCCCUGUCAACCUUAUCUCGGCCGAUCAUCCCUACAUACAAGCAAUGCUGUCCUUCAUCCGCGUCAGCAAUAAGCUGGAAGGGCCUAUGGCACAAGCCACAAAGGCCCAGCGGUACGAAGACGAGGAUAACUUUGAGCUCAUGAAUUUCCAGUUGGAGCAAUGGCGCAAACGAGCUGUCGGCAACUACUCCAUCACACACCCUGAGACAUGGAGCCUAAGCCCUCCCAAGCAACCUUCCUCUUUCCCCAUACUACUCCACCUGCGCGCGGAAACCGUCCGAAGUUUCCUCCUCAAGCCGUGGUUCUUCUCACGAACCGACACACAGACGAGCAAGAAAUACCUGCAGCCCGCAAUCGAAGUCCUCUUUGAUAUCUGCGACAACCGUUCAACCUUACUAGCUAGCCUGCCGCCGGGACUGUCCAAGGCUAUGGGCCGCAGCUACGAGCUGGCUGUGGCACUGGCAGCGAGUUAUGUUACGAGGUCAAAGGCUGCAAAGCAACUGUCUGAUCAGCUUGCGGAGGUGCGUGGGAGUCUGAUGGGGUUCGGCAUGAUCGAGAUGCCCGACUCCGAGAAUGAUGACGGCAGGAAGGACGGCGACGUACUUCCUGCAUCGGAGUUUAUGUAUGAUGGGUCUUCUGGGUGGGACGAUGAGUUCCAGAUGCAAUGGCCAAAUUGCGAUCUCGAGAACAGUUUUGCUGAGGGCAUAGUCUCUUAA